AGAGCUCCCACUCAGCGCAAGGGAUUUGUGUAAUACAAACUUUAGUCUUUGUCGUUAUCAAUCGGAGCGGGGGAGAGAGAAGAGAAAAUUCUAACUUUUGAAUUCCAGAGAAGCAGAGCCAUGGAAGAAUCUAUCAAGGAGCAGCAAUCUACUCCACUUCCUGGUAACUCAGCGAGACCGAAGCUUCAGCGCUAUGCGUUGCGAUCGGGGACUAAACCUAAGGAGGAGAAGCUUCCUGUGCCUGAAUUGUCGAAUCCUCCUUCUUCUGCCUCUAAGAGGGGAAGAUCUGUGUCUAGUGUGAGUAAAAGUGUUGGAGUCCUUGACCUGUCUGCCAAGGACAAGUCAGCUAAACCACCAAGAAGGCUGUCCAUUCCAACUAAAAACGUGAGCCCAACUCGAAAAUUUGUUGGCAACAUCACCCCAAUAUCAGAGGUCCGGAGGACUGCUAGAAGCCAGGGGAAAAGUGACACACCUGCUUCUGAUGUUUCACGGUCAAGCAAGAAAACAUUCAACCUUUUAUCUUCUACAUCAUAUUGGCUAUCGCAGAUCAAGCUCUCCGAAGCUGCUUCUAAGCAUUCGGUGUCGCUUGGAUUUUUUAAGCUUGCAUUGGAAGCAGGGUGCAAGCCUCUUCAUCGGAUGCGUGAUGAACUCAAAUCCUACAUUGAUCGUUGCAACCUUGAUGAAAGUGAACAAACGGUGAAUGAUUUGCUUGAAAGCUACAAUACUGCUGAAGACACAGAGCGACUGCAAGUCUCUGAAACCAUUUCUCAGGGACCUGAAGUGGGAACAAGGUCUUCAGAUGAUGAAGUUCAUAGCUCUUCAUCCUCAGUGGAGCCUAGGAAGUUUAAACCAAAAUCCUUAAACACGGACGUCACCAAAACUACCCUAGGCACUGAGGUAAAUCAGAGAAACCCUACUACAACACCCAGAAACAGAGGAUUUUGGAAUAAAAAUGCUGCCCCAAAUUCAACUUCAGAGACAGCAAAAAAAUCUGUGAAGAAACCCUAUAAGCCAAACAAGCAAGAACCCAUUCAAGGAAAGGAAAAGGCCAAGAAACAAGGAAAGAAACAGCUCAACGAGAAAGCAGCACCAGCUAGCACGAGUCCUGAAGAAGAUUCAGUACAAUCAAACAAAGAAAAUUUGGAAGCUCCCCAAAUUGAAGUGAUUUCGACAGAAGAAGUGAUAUGAAGAUAACUUUUGAACUUGAAAACUCUGGCCUCUGGGGAUUCUAGUGUUUUCUCCCUGUUUUGGUUAUUGUAAUUUGUGUGGGUUUUGAAGUGGGUGAUUUCUUCAAGUAACAGGAGUGAUGGAUCGAAAGUGUCAGCCUGUGGUGUGUGCUUUCUUCUUGUCAUAAGCAUAUUAGUUUUGUAAAUCAGGUCCUCUAUUGCUAAAUACAUAUACAGGAGGCAGUACUAUCAAAAUUGUAUUGAAAUCUAUGAUAGUUGAUUCAUUGUUUUUAAAA